AUUGCCGCGGUCACAACCGGCAUCAUCUGACAGGCAAAUAAGUACAUUGACAGCCGAGAAUCUUCAGCUUGGAAAAUCGCAAAAAGUGACUACACCUGUGAUAAUCGUCCCGGCAACAAAAUCGAAAAUAUAUACUUCAGAAACUCAGAUGCUGCACGUCGUCACAACGAAAAACAAUAGGAAGUUAAAAUCGCAAAAAGAUAGUAGAACUUCAGAAAAUUGAACGCUGUCUUUUCGAUACCAAGCGUCAACCUAACGAUUUUGAUCAGUAUAUUAGCCUAAACUUAGAGAAAGCUACCGUCAACUUGAAUCGACAUGGAAUGUCAUCUUUUCCGGAAACGUGACUUCACUCUCGUCCGACCUGUACAACAUUCACGAUGACAUCAAGAAUCUCAAUAGACUACGAAUCAUCGACAACACCAUGAUACUUGGACUUCAUAAUAGAAUCAAAGGUCAUAAUACGAAAUACAAUAGUAAGUUGCUAGAAAACGGAGACUAAGGGAAAGUCAAAAAGACAGGAAAUAGAGAUCCACGAUGGCCGAUCUUUAUUCAAACAAUGUACCAAACCACAGUUCAAUAAUAAAUUUCACUGUCCAUAAAAUUUCCCUGAAGAAUCGAUUGCAAUAAUCAUCGUAGCCUAAUCUUAGAAACGAUAGUUAUAAAUAGAAGGGCAAAAGACAGAAGUGCUCGAGCAGCGACGACCACAAGCGCAUCGUGAACAGCGUCGUGCCUAUCGAAGAUAUUUCGUAUCGGGCCGAAGAUCUAUAGAUUCGAUUCUAGAUCGGGAAAAAGAGUUGGCCAGAAUGUCAGCACGUUUCCUCGUCGGCCAAGGGCACAGAAACCCCCGUCGGAGUGAUAACUAUAGAGCAGGCUGGCCGUGCUCCAUUCAUAAUUGAGAAAGAGGUCUAACCAGCCCGAGGUCAGGCGGACCGAGACCGUGAUCGAUCCUCGUUUACCCGGCGAUGAGCGAUCAGUAACGAUCACCACUGGUUUCGCAUACGAAUCCGUCGAUCAGACCGAAGCCCCACGUUUCCGGUGAUUUGCAAGAGCGUCAUCGAUCGAUCGCCAAAGACAACAUCGGAGGAUCGUCCUUAUUUCCGAAUGUGGUUAUGUUCGACCUAACCAAACCGCGAAAUGAUUUAGUUUUUUUAUUCAAAUGGAAGGGAACAUUAGACGUUGACGAUAUUCAUGUUUGUGAACUAAACGAAAUGAAUGAAACGAAUGACUGAAUUCGAUUAUUUGUGAUGGAAUUUGUAUCUUUGGGUACGAGAAGUGGGCUAGACUGUUAAGGUGUUUGGAUCGAACAAUAAUCCUGGAUCAGAAGGGUUUUUCAGUUUUCAGCAAGUUGACGAUUAUUGUGUAGCAAGGGACAUUUGAUCGAGUUGCAAUUAUGAAAAUAAGAGGAUGGUAUUUGACUACUGUUGAGGGGAGAGACAGUGUUUUAUUGUUAUUUUGGGUUUCUGAAUGAUAGCGACGAAUAGGACUGUCGCGAAGAGUGAAUAUUGUUUUGGUGUUUCUUGGUGGCAGGAUUGUUUGCGGAAUUGUUGAUUUAUGGUAAGCACGAUGGAUAACGGUGAGCUACGGAUGGAAGAUGAGAUGCAGAACAAUAAAAGCAGGCAGCAAAGUUCAUCCUCCAGAAAUGUGAAUGUCGACGACCAAAGCCCACGAAACUCUCCAUUACUGCCAGAAUCUGAAAAUGCAACAUCGCGGGCCACCUCAGCGACUGCAACACCUCAAAGGGCGACUAGCUCAGCAGAGACAAAUUCAUUGACGAUGAACAAAAACAUGCAAGUGAUGGUCGCUGACAACAAAGACAUGAUAUAUGACACGGAUAAAAAUGGUAUUGUGCCUGGAUCGCCGAAGUUCAGUAGAAAAUGCUCUAAGGCCAGCGUAUAUCCUUUUGCAACCAAUUUGACUGCCAGAGAUGCUUUUGGUCCAAGACUUACUGCACCAGUCACGCCAGACAAUACUCCGCCAUUGAUAGAUUCGCCGAUAUUUCCGGACGACGUAUCAAGAGACGAUGCUUUUCUGCAAAAAGGUUCGUCCCCGAACUUGGAACUGGACCCUGAAACAUUAUUUUUUCGCGAUGGUCGAAGACGAAUUGAUAUAGUAUUAGUGUAUCAAGAGGAUAGUAACGGUGUGCUGACCGAAAUCGAGACACGUCGGCUGGAGCAGAGACGCGUGUUUCAGCAGAAUCUGUUAAAGGAGGGCCUGCAAUUGGAAUUGGAACCGAAGGAGAACUCUUUCGACGGCAAAACGUACUUUUUGAAGCUGCACAUACCGUGGAAGAUCAAAGUACAAUAUGCCGAAGUGAUGAACUUAAAGCUGCCCACCAAGAGAUUCAUUACUAUUUCUGUGAAAGCUUGGCAAGGUAACGAGGAUGAGAAAAAGAGGCCGAAGAUUUGGGAGAAAUGCUUAAAGUGGAUAAAGUGGAUAAGAAAGAUACAUACUUGGGACACACGCAUGUAUUCGGAGGAACCUAGUUUUUAUAAAAGCAUCGAUUCUGGUGACCGCGAAGAAAGAUUCGUGGUGAAGGACAGAGAUACCGCUUACACGCCAGCCCAAAGGUCGCUAAUAGUGAUGCAGAUAUUAUUGAGAGCUAGAUACGAUGAACAUCACGACAAAGCUGGUAUCCGUAGACUCCUAGCAGAUGGUACUUACCUCGAUUGCUUUUCUCUGCACGAGGGUCCUUACAACAAACCAAUUCUGAAUGGGGAAAUCUUGGACAGACACUUGCUGUACCUGAUCUGGGCAAGACCUUCUCAAUGGUACAAGAAACAACCACUAUGGUUGAUCAGACGGUAUUUUGGCGAGAAGGUAGCACUGUACUUCGCGUGGCUCGGGUUUUACACAAAAUGCUUGUACGCGCCAGCAAUUGUUGGUCUCCUGUGUUUCAUGUAUGGCGUUGGAAGCAUGGAAAGCAGCGACAACAUCCCGAGUCAAGAAAUCUGCAACGGAAAUAUAGCUGGAAAUAUCACGUUAUGCCCUAUCUGCGACAAAGCGUGCGACUAUCAAAGGCUCGGCGAUUCCUGUAUCUUCUCGAAGCUUUCUUACCUGUUUGAUAAUCCUGCCACCGUCUUUUUCGCUAUAUUCAUGUCCUUCUGGGCAACUACAUUUUUGGAGUUAUGGAAACGUCGACAAGCAGUUAUAAUCUGGGAAUGGGAUCUUCAGAAUGUUGAGAACGACGAAGAGCCCAGGCCGGAGUUCGAAACUACGGUGAAAACAUUCCGGAUAAAUCCCGUGACCAGGGAAAGAGAACCAUACUUGCCCACUUGGUCGAAAGCGUUGCGCUUCUGUGCAACUGGUUCCAUAGUAUUCUUCAUGAUAUGCGUAGUUCUGGGUGCAGUGCUGGGGACCAUUAUUUAUCGAAUAUCGCUGGUGGCCGUGUUCUACAGCAGCGGUGGUCCAUUUAUGAAGAAACACGCGAAAAUCUUCACUUCUAUGACCGCCGCUCUUGUCAACUUGAUCAUCAUCAUGAUACUCACUAGAGUGUACCAUCGUUUGGCGCGAUGGAUGGUCAAUAUGGAGAACCCAAGGACUCAGACUGAAUACGAGUCGAGUUACACCUUUAAGAUAUUCCUCUUCGAGUUCGUUAAUUUCUAUUCAUCUCUGAUUUAUAUUGCGUUCUUUAAGGGAAGGUUCUUUGUUCAUCCUGGGGAUACGGAUGCAAGGAGCUCCGAUUUCGUCCGCAUAAAAAUGGACGUUUGCGAUCCAGCCGGCUGUCUAUCGGAAGUCUGUAUUCAGCUCGCUAUUAUAAUGGUGGGGAAACAGUGCUUCAACAAUUUCGUGGAGAUAUUGUCUCCGAAAAUGUGGAACUGGUGGCGUAAAAGGAGCCACGUUGCAGCAACGAAGGAUCACGCUAGGCCUUACACCUGCUGGGAAAAAGAUUAUCAGUUGCAAGAUCCUGGAAGACUGGCUCUCUUCGACGAGUACCUGGAAAUGAUAUUGCAAUAUGGAUUUGUAACGCUGUUCGUCGCGGCGUUUCCAUUGGCGCCGUUGUUCGCCCUGUUAAAUAAUAUAGCGGAAAUACGGUUAGACGCUUAUAAAAUGGUGAAAGAGGCGAGAAGACCAUUAGCAGAGAGAGUGGAAGAUAUUGGUGCCUGGUACGGGAUACUUCGUGGUGUGACUUACGUUGCAGUCGUGUCCAAUGCAUUCGUAAUUGCGUACACUUCGGAUUUCAUUCCACGUAGCGUGUACGCUAUCGUUUAUUCGCCGACGAAUGAUUUAGUCGGCUAUAUAGACAGUUCUCUGUCAGAAUUCAAUACAUCGGACUAUCGAGAUGACAUGAAGAGUCAAACGCAAACCAAACAUCCGCAAACUUGCCAAUACAGAGGGUACAGAAACGGACCUGAUCAUCCAACUGAUCCCUAUGGCCUCAGUCCGCAAUAUUGGCACGUCUUUGCAGCUCGUUUGGCUUUCGUGGUCGUUUUCGAACAUAUUGUAUUCGCCUUAACUGGAAUAAUGAGCUAUGUAAUACCAGCGGUGCCACACUCUUUGGGAACUCAAUUGCAACGAGAAAAGUUGCUCGCUCAGGAAGCCAAAUACGAAAAAGGCUUGAAGGGCAGGGAAAACGACGACGAUAUCCUGUCGAUGCUUAGAGAAGCAGGAAGCAUUGGUAGAACAGGCUGCGGUGGCAGAGGAAGCUGGUCAAGGCGGUUCAGCAAAUUGAGCGACGGUCUGGACGCUCAUGUGGACGUAGGAUCCAGAGUCAAUAGAAACAGCGACGGCUCGACUGUGUGGGAGGUGACAUAAUGUUUAAAAUGGUUGAGCAAUCCUUAAUAUCUAAGUUUCCCUACCCUCCUGAAAAGUGUACUUAACAUUUUUUAAAAUACUAUAUUUAUUUACGGAAAAAAAGACUUCUUAGGUAUUCCAUUAAGAAUGUCAUGCUUAAGGACAAUUUUGUGUACGUAUUGAGAGAUCAAGUACAAAUUUUAAAUACAAGUGAAUGAUAUAAUAAUUGUGAUAUUUUAGCGAAGUACGUACAUCAUUUUAAUGAUAAAAUAUGAAAUAUGUACCGUAUUUACAUAAUGUGUAUUUAAGAAAAAACGAUGGUGUUUCAACAUUCUGCGUCAUGAACCGAGAAAUGCCAAAAGUAAUGUCAAACAUCCUGUGAACCAUUCCACGUUAAAUUCGAUACUUUUUUUAUCUAUUCUAUUAUUUUAUACUUAAUAUACAAUUCGAGAUAUACAACUAAGUUGUUAUUUGUUCAGCAACACGUCUUUUUUAAAAACGUGUAUACAUUUUUGUAGCACCGGCGAUCUCCGUUCUUCGUUGUUACCUUAUUUUAUUAUUUCUUAAAAGGGAGGUUUAAGUAUCAUUUCUACAAUUUCGAAAUUCUUUAAGAACAAUAAAUUUAAAAGUGGAAUUAUUAACUAGUUUCACGAAAACUAUCCUUGAAAAAAAAUAUUUAUCUUCGCUACUAUUAAAUUUUGUCAAUUAAAUAAAUCUGACUUAUUUAUGAACACAAACAAAUUCGAUUUGACGUGGAAUCGUCAGUAUACAUAAGUAGCUGAAAGUGCAUUUAUCAUUUACAUAAUUUGUGGUUGAUGAUUUAAAAUGUUAAACCUCAAACUGUAUGUUUAUGAUAAUAUCUGAGUGACACGUGAUAUAAUCAGUAUUAAUAGCAAACUUCAUUGGUAAUGCUGAAACUGUAAAGUAUAACGUAUUUUUUAACGUUUUCAGAAAAUAAUUUUAGGAAGAGAUAUUCGUGAAGUAGAAAUAAUAUUUAUUAAUAUAACAAUUUUGCUGUUCCUCAAUCUUAGAUCUCGUAACGUUUUAAUAUUAAGUGCAUUUUAAAACAGUUUGAACCUUGCAUUUUAAAAUACAUUGUAGUACUUACCGUAAAACUUCAUAAAAUUUUGUUUUUACAUUAAACGUAACGCUUAACAAUUAAAAAUAAUAAUAUAAAUAAUAAUAUAAAACUCAGAAUAAUUUGAAUAAUCAGAUUCAUCAUUUAGGCUACAUAUUUUCGGAAAUUCUUGUUUAAUUUAGAAAAAGGUAUAAUAUCUACAGCAUCUAUUUUUAGGAGGAACUUAUAGAUAGAAGUAAAUAUUAAAACGUCCUAAACAUGCAGAAUGUGAUAAAUGUGUAAAAACUAUAAGUCACUAUAAUUAAUAAGUCGGGGAUAUAAUAUUAAAGGCGUUAAAUUAUCUUUUUUAUGUCUUACCAAACGUGUGAAUUUUGUCAGAUUUGUAGCCGAUUAUUUUAUAAAUACAUGUACUACAUUAUAAAAAUAGUCAUAGAGAAGAUAAAAUAAGAAAAACAUCUACCACUAUUAGUAAAUUACUGAAAUUAUUUUUAUAACUAAGUUAAAAUAAAUUAUAAAGUACUUGAAUCUCUUCUUUCGUAAUGAAAACUCUUGCACGUGGAGAGGGUGAAGAAUUUUCCACGAUCUACACAAUAUACUCUUUAUUGUACAUAAUUUCAAUAUUUCAUUUUCCGACUUACGCUUGACAUUAUUACAAUAAUUACUAUAGAAUAUAUUUAUAAUAAUAUACAUGUACAUAUUUACUUCUUUACUAUUGAUUCAAUUUAUAUGUAUAUUUCUAUAUGUAUAUUGGCCUAUGAUUCAUUCCAUACUGCACUUUCUUGCGUUAUCUGUUUCCUUUUAAAAUCUAAACGUGUAUCACAGUUGUGUUGAGGGAUAGACAGGGAUUUUAAAGAAAAGGAG